UUGACAGUCGGUGGCGGAGCGCAUCGGUGCGCGUGCAGGCGCUGGGUCGCGCUCCAGUCCGCAGGCGGUGCAGGCGGCCAUGCAUUCAGCAUCGGGCAUGUUUUCUGUCGCUACACGCAUCGAUGUAGCCUCCUGAGCACGCUCCCGUUUUUUUUUGUCACAUCGACAGAGGGACUGUCAUUUCUUGUUUUUUUUCCCCUCUCAUUCUUAAAAAAAGCAGAAACGUCGCCUGGGCGCUUUACUACUAACGUGACCUAGACCUGUGACCGAAGAGGAUUUUUUUUAAGGGGAGGAGGGGGGGGGGUCUGGGUCUUGUUAUUUUUUUACUAUCAUAUAAAGAAUAUCUGGCAAAAUCAACAUGGCGAGUGAUUCUCCGGCCCGAAGUCUGGACGAGAUCGAUCUAUCUGCGCUGCGGGACCCCGCAGGAAUAUUUGAGCUGGUGGAGCUGGUGGGGAAUGGCACCUACGGACAGGUGUACAAGGGCCGUCAUGUCAAGACAGGCCAGCUUGCCGCUAUCAAGGUCAUGGAUGUCACUGGGGAUGAGGAGGAGGAGAUCAAACAGGAAAUCAACAUGCUGAAGAAGUACUCGCACCAUCGCAACAUCGCCACCUACUACGGGGCCUUCAUCAAGAAGAACCCGCCGGGAAUUGACGAUCAGCUCUGGCUGGUGAUGGAGUUCUGUGGUGCCGGGUCAGUGACGGAUCUCAUCAAGAACACCAAGGGAAACUCUUUGAAGGAGGAGUGGACCGCCUACAUCUGCAGGGAGAUCCUGAGGGGUCUGACACAUCUCCAUCAACACAAGGUCAUCCAUCGAGACAUCAAGGGUCAGAAUGUCCUGCUAACAGAGAAUGCAGAAGUCAAACUUGUGGAUUUUGGUGUGAGCGCGCAGCUGGACCGUACAGUUGGCCGCAGGAACACAUUCAUCGGCACCCCUUACUGGAUGGCGCCGGAAGUCAUUGCCUGCGAUGAGAACCCUGACGCAACAUAUGACUUCAAGGUACCACGCCAACCUCAGCCACCACUGAGCACCACAGAGUCUGUGUGCCGCGGGAUCCAAGCACUGUGGGCUCUGUGUGCCACAAGGUUCAUGGACCCCGGGUUCUGAGCGCCACGGGUUCUAUGGUCACUGUCCUCACCCAUUACAGGGUCUAGUUUCACAUCACACUACCACAAAUUGAAUGGGGGCUGCAGCUUAAGUAGGACGGUCCAUUUUGUAACCUCAUUAGCAGCCCAUUACUGGUGGGUAAAUUCGAUAGCAAGACACUGGUGACGAGGUGCUGAGUGGUGCCGUGUCUGUGCUGGCUGAAGGAAGUGGCCAACGGGUGACCUUUGGAACAUGGAAAGUGCCGUGUCAUUGUGGUGCUGCUGUGAUGUGCUGCAGACCUGUAGGUGACACAGCCGCCUUUACGGCUGUCGCUGCACUGCGCGGUCUGCUGUAAAACCUGGUGGAUGUUCAAUUAAGGAUAGCAGUGUCGAUUUAUGUGGUUCCUUGAUAUAUUGUUUUAUUAUGCAAAGAACAUUACAUACUCUUACUGAGAGCCCACAAAUUCCAUUAGUGUGCAGAGUGUAGAAUCCACAGUUGUAUGUAGAUUCCAGAACUUCACCUGCAGAAAUCCACUGCUGGGUGUGCAGACUCCAGAGCUUUACAUGAAGGAUUCCAUAGCUAUACUGGAGCAAGCUUGGUUGUAUAUUGGCCCCAGGGGUCCGUAUGUCACCUCUGUGGGGAUCCUCCUGGGAUCCAGUCCAGUGCUGCUAAGGAAUAUUACUGUAGCAGGUUCUACGGCAUUAAUGGGUCGUAUGGAAUAUGGAGCGAAACCUGUUGAAUAAGAUGCUGGGUUUUCAAGAGACUAAGAAACAGACAAUAGCCGUCUACUUCAGGAAUGUACUGCUUUCUGUACAUUUAAAGUUGAGGCUGUUUUCUUCAGAUUAUCUUCAGCUCAAUCUGGAUUUGUUAAAGCAGGGGUGUCAAAUUGCAGUCCUGGAGGGCCGGAGCCCUGUGUAGCUUAGUUCUUUCCCUGUUCCACCACAAAUGAUUCGGCUCAAGAGCAAUGUGGUAAUUAGCACAAGGAGUUGAAUCAGGUGUGUUAAAUGAGGGGAAACCCAGAAAUGUGCAGGGCUUCAGCCCCCCAGGACUGGAGUUUGACACCCGUGUGUUAAACGAUCUGAAUCAGAGUAAAAUGCCUUGGACAAAAGAUACUGAAAGUACUUACAGUCAUAUUUAAAUAGCAAUUAGAAAACAGUCAGAUAUGGAAAAAGUGAUCUUUCAUUUAGAAGAACGCACACACUCUCCCUCAGACACGCCCACACCUUUAGAAAUGUCCAAGUCCCCAAACACACCCACAGUGUCGGACACGCUCACAUCCCCAAACACGCCCACAGUGUCGGACACGCUCACAUCCCCAAACACGCCCACAGUGUCGGACACGCUCACAUCCCCAAACACGCCCACA